AUGGUUGUGCCGAGCCCUGGAUCACCGCCCGGCAUGACCUCUUCUAAGUCUUCCAAGACUUCUUCCUUGCAAUCCUUUGGGUCCGACGACGAUAGCAGUGUGUUGGCAGAUGCCGGACAUUUUGAAGAGAUUGGACUUGACGAUGACACAAUCACUAUCGACAAUGCACACUCACGUGAUAUUAGCCAGGCCAAGCCUGCCUUGAAUCCAUACAGCAACUCGUUCACCAGCGAUCUCCGUGCACAAUCAGCCAGACAUCUUAGCAGCAAGACACACACUGCGCAGCCCACCGGGGCUCGAGAUGCCUCUCGCCCAGCAUCGCAGAGGAACAUUACUUCUACACAAAAAACCCGUGCCAACUUCCCGGCACUGUCCACCCAGUUCAGAGACACGAGCACUCAGGGGCUCAGUAAUAUUGGACCACAGCAACGAUCGCAUCCGCUUCCCGUCCGCAGUCUCUCGGCCCGCCCGGCGUCGGCCGUGGGCUCCAAUCGCCGUCAUCGAAGUCCGAGUCCUAAUCUUUCUCUACGCUCACUGAGCCCCCAAAACCCCGGUCUUUCAUUGAAGCCACGCAGGAGUAGUUGGCAGUCGGCAGUUGAAAGAAAAUCUGUCAUCGAACUUGAGCAGGAGUGCGACGACGACGAGGACGAUAAUAUCCCGGAGGGUGUCAUUCUCGACAAUGUUCCUAUUUCACCACGGCCAGCAGUGGAACGUCCCGCAAGUCGACCAGUCUCGGCGUCCACUUCCCCGAACAGGCAACCCAAAGAAAGAGUACGCAGUGUAGGAAAUGGCACGCCGCCCGUGGCAGUCGCGCAAGGCUCGCUGCGGUCCCCCACCUGGAGGUCCGAAUCCUCAUCAAGAGAAUCCCCAAAGUCACCGGCGAUGUAUCCAUCCCCCCUCAAGGGUCGUGCCAAGAGCUGGAACUCUGCUUUGUCAGAUCUAAGUGCUGAAGCCAAAGCGCUGACCGAGAAGUUGGAGGAGCACUAUGACGAGCUGGAUAAGAUUGAUUCGGCCGAUGGGACGCGCCGCCCCUCACCCAAGCCACGAGUCAAGUCAGCUUUGGCUGAACUACCACCGCUCCGCAGAACAAAUAUCAUGAUUGACCCCCUCCCGAUUUCGAAGGAGAAAGAAGCCGUUCUUUCUCGUACACGUCCCUCCUGGCUUCCACCCAAAGAUCCUGCUGAGGAGAAGAGACAUAUCAAGGAAUAUCAGAAGAUGAUGGCAAACAGUGUCGAUGCCGAGCAACGUCGACAAGCCGCAAGGAAGGAAAAGGACAAGUCCAAGGAUGCCAGAGCGAGCGACUUGACUCGCGUCUGGGAGGACGAUGUCCUGAAGAGAUGGAACGUAGCCAUCCGUGAGCGACGAACGAGAGAGCUUUGGUGGAAAGGUGUUGCUCCACGAGCUCGCGGCAACGUGUGGUCACAGGCUAUUGGGAAUGAACUCGGCCUUACUGAGACGAGCUUCCAGGCUGCUUUGAGCCGGGCGCAAGAGCUAGAAGCUCGCGCCGAACAGGCAAAGUCGAGCCCCGAGGAGCAAAGCAAGGUUGAUUGGCUUCGGGCCAUCAAAGCCGAUGCUUCUGGAAGAACAUGGGGUGAUUUGAACAUAUUCCAAGUUGGCGGGCCUUUGCACCAGCCGCUGGUGGAUGUCCUCAGUGCCUACGCCAUGUACCGGAGCGACAUCGGUUACAUCAAUGGCUGCAACACCAUUGCUGCUAUCCUGCUCCUCAAUCUACCCUCCGCCACAAUGGCCUUUAUUGCACUUGCCAACGUGCUCAACAGGCCUUUGCCUCUCUCAUUUUACGCUUCCGACAGCGGCGGAAAAGCCUCCGCUUAUAACCUCUUACUGCAAACACUCAAGACGAAGAGCCCCCAGCUUCACAGACAUCUCACCAAGGCAGAGCUUGCUCUCGACCCGGAGGAUUACCUAUACAAUAUCUUCACUGGAUUGUUCACGCAACAUCUCUCUCUCGAUGAGUGUACCCGAUUGUGGGACGUUUAUGUUUUUGAGGGUGACGCCGUACUUGUGAGAGCAGCCGUUGCAUUGCUGUCGCAGCGCGAACCUUCCUUGCUCGCUGCCCACAGCCGCACCGCCAUUUUGAAAGCUUUAGCUGAAGGCGGCCAAAAGGUAGUUCAGGGUCGAGAAGACGAGUGGAUGCAGUUGGUUCGAGAAGCCGGCAAGGCUUGA